UGUUUUCAUUGCCUACUAAUAGAUUAUGACCUCAGCUUGAAAAAUAUUGCUUUCUGCAAGCAGUAACCUCUUCUGAGAUUAAUAUAGAUUUUUUCUGAUUCUUUCCUAUUAAAAACAACAUUGCAAUGAGCUGCUUUAUACUCAUUUUGUGACUAUUUCUAAGAGCAAGAUCCCUGAUUAUGUAACUGCUAUUCACUUAAAAUUCUGGUAAAAUGUAACUAAUAUGCUGGAAAAACUAAAUUCUAAUCCCACAGAUUUGUCACCACUGUGAUGUAUAAACUUUGGGCAAGUCCCUCCACUUCUCUGGGCCUCAAUUUCCCCAUCAGUAACCUGCUGUUCCUACACCCUGGUGCCUUCUAAGUUGAAAGCAGAUGCCCCACCCCCUGACUCAGCCUCCCAACCCUUCUCCCCCCUUUUCCGCUCCCUGUUCCUUGUUCCUCGGAAGCAACCCAGGGAGAAGGGGAAAGGCAGGUCUGGGCAGGAGGCACAGUGCAGGGCGGAGCAGAGGGAGGCAGGAGGGAGGCCAGCCCCCUAGUAGGAAAUGAGGCAGAGUAGGAGUAACACUUUAUAAGCCGGACACCCUCUUUCUCCUCCCAUCCCUUGGCCUCCUUCCAUCCCCUUCUGCUCAGCCCCCGCCCCUCCCAGACGGUCCUCACUUCUUUCUUCCCCAGGCUGCAGCAGCCUGCCAGAGCCAGGAGCCCAGGUUCCCCAGCCUCAGGAUGUUGACAACAUUGCUGCUGCUGCUGCUACUGCUGCCCGGCUGGGCCCUUUAUAGCCAGGAAGCCUCAGAUGGCCUCCACAGCCUCCGCAUGCUCCAGAUCUCCUACUUCCGCGACCCCUACAACGUGUGGUACCAAGGCAACGCAUCGCUAGGGGGGCGCCUGACGCACGAGCUGGAAGGCCCGGACACCAACGUCACGAUCCGCCAGCUACAGCCUCUGCAGGAUCCGGAGAGCUGGGAGCUCAUGGAGAGCAGCCUGCAGUCCUACCUGCGCCAGUUUCACGGCCUCGUGCGGCUAGUGCACCAAGAGCGGGGGUUGGCAUUUCCUCUGACCAUCCGCUGCUUCCUGGGCUGUGAGCUGCCUCCUGAGGGCUCUAGAGCCCACGUCUUCUUCCAAGUGGCUGUGAAUGGGAGCUCCUUUGUGAGUUUCCAGCCACAGACAGCCUUGUGGGAGGCAGAUACCCAGGCACACUCCACAGUGGUCACCUACACCCUGAAGCAGCUCAACACCUACAAUCGUACUCGGUACGAACUACGAGAAUUCCUGCAGGAUACAUGCGUGCAGUAUGUGCAGGACCACAUUGCUGUGAAAAACAGGAAAGGGAGCCAUAUAGGUCGAUCCUACACUUCACUGGUCCUGGGUAUCCUGGUGGGCAGUUUCAUCAUCGCUGCUGCCGCUGUAGGCAUCUUCCUGUGCACAGGUGGACGGCAAUGUUGAUUACUCUCCAGCCCCUCCAAGAAUGGGCUGGAUUGACCAGCAUUGGCAAGGGAAGGUUUCAGCUCACUGCGAAGCCAGACUUCCUUAUGGGGAUACCACAUCCCAGGAGGUUUGGAGUGACAGCUCCUUUCUUCUUCCAGGCCUGCCUACCAAAGGUUUGAGGGAUGGGAAGUAUGAAGUAGGUAGGCUAGGUGGACAAGGUACUUGGUUUGCGAAGGACCUAAGAACUUGCAUAAUGUGCUGAAUUGGUCUGAGAAGCUAAUGGUUAUCUACUUUGUCAAUAAACACAGGAUGAUGGAGUUGGGGUAGAUGGCCCGUCCUCCAAAAACAGACAGAAUCACCUGAGGCAUUCAAAAUGCAUGACCAAAUAAAACAAGUCAUUCACAACCAAAAUAAACAACAUUCUAUGCUUACAAGUGUGUGAGACUUGGGACAGAACACUGGUAUAAUGGGGUAGAAUGAAGUAACCGGAUAUUGGGAGGCCAAGGUUGGUGGUUGCUUGGAGUGAUACUCCAUCUCUACUAAAAAUAGAAAAAGCUAGCCAGGGGUUGUGAUGGGCACCUGUAGUCCCAGCUCCUGGGGAGGCUGAGGCAUGAGGAUUGCUCAAACCCAAACGUUUGAGGUUGCUAUGAGCUAUGAAGCCAUGGCACUCUAUCUAGGGCGACAGAGUGAGACUCUGUCUCAAAAUAAAAAAAAAAAGAAAGAGAGAGGAAGACUGGAGAAAAUGUAAAAGUGUAAAAUCCAAGUAAUAUAGAUUAAUCUAUUAAUUAAAAAU